CAAUCAUGCGUGUGACAGAUUCAUCCCGUGUUAUACUUGUGUCAAUUGGAUUUUAAAACUAAAAAUUUGCGUUCAACACAUAUUUAUAUCUAUAAUUAAGCGGCAACAUGGUUCACGGAACAAUUCAACUUGGUUUGGAGAACAUUGUACGGGAAACUAAUACAGAAGAAAGCAGACGGAAUGGAGACGUGCCUAAAACUGCUAUAGUAACAUAUGGCAUCGACGAUAUCCCGCCGUGGUACCUCUGCAUCUUUAUGGCUUUGCAGCACUACCUUACAAUGAUCGGUGCUAUAGUGGCCAUCCCUUUCAUCCUGUGCCCGGCUCUGUGCAUGCAGGAGACAGAUCCGGAUAGAUCUAACAUCAUAUCCACCAUGAUUUUUGUUACAGGCCUAAUAACUUGGCUCCAGAGUACCUUCGGCUGCCGUCUACCCAUAGUUCAAGGAGGGACCAUUUCUUUCCUGGUUCCAACGCUGGCGAUACUCGGUUUACCAGCGUGGCAAUGUCCCACCACUGAGGCGCUGGCUGCCAUGACGGAUGCAGAGCGUCGGACGGUAUGGACCACCAGGAUGUGCGAGCUGUCCGGUGCUAUAGCUGUCUCAGCUUUGUUUCAGUUGUUUCUUGGUUACUUUGGUGUGAUCGGCUCAGUGCUACGUUUUGUGACACCGCUCACGAUAACGCCGACCGUGGCUCUAGUUGGACUGACGCUGUUUGAUCACGCGGCUGAGGCUGCUUCCCAACACUGGGGUAUUGCUGCUGGUACAUUCAUCCUGCUGACUAUAUUCUCCCAAUGUAUGGGCGAAGUGAAGGUACCAACGCUAGCCUGGAAGAAAGAUCAAGGUGUUACUAUCAACUGGUUUCCACUUUUCAAGCUAUUUCCUGUGCUACUAACAAUUAUGAUAAUGUGGGUAAUAUGCGGCAUCCUGACAGCGACGGAUGUCUUCCCCCACGGUCACCCGGUCAGGACCGACCUGAAGGUGAACAUCAUCGAAGACGCGCCGUGGUUCCGGAUACCGUACCCUGGUCAAUGGGGUGUUCCGACUGUGAGCGUGGCGGGAGUGCUGGGCAUGCUGGCCGGGGUGCUGGCCUGCACUGUGGAGUCCAUCAGCUACUACCCAACCACGGCCAGGAUGUGUGCUGCACCCCCGCCGCCACUCCACGCCAUCAACCGAGGACUUGGUACCGAAGGUCUGGGGACGGUUCUAGCUGGUCUCUGGGGGUCUGGCAAUGGAACCAACACGUUCGGAGAGAACGUUGGAGCUAUUGGCGUGACCAAGGUGGGUUCCCGGCGGGUGGUGCAGUGGGCGGCCGGGCUGAUGGUGGUGCAGGGCGUGGUGGGGAAACUGGGCGCCGUGUUCAUCAUCAUACCGCAGCCCAUAGUGGGCGGACUGUUCUGCGUCAUGUUCGGAAUGAUAUCCGCAUUCGGCCUAUCAGCAUUACAAUACGUGAACCUGAAUAGCUCCAGGAACCUGUACAUCAUCGGGUUCAGCCUGUUCUUCCCGUUGGUGCUCACGCGGUGGAUGUCCGCACACAGCGGCGUCAUCAACACGGGAGUCGAAGCUGUGGACGCCGUGCUGCAAGUACUACUCUCCACCUCUAUACUGGUGGGGGGACUGGUAGGGUGCUUACUGGACAACUUGAUACCAGGGACUGAUGAAGAGCGUGGUCUGGCAGCGUGGGCGAAGCAGAUGUCGCUGGAAGCUGGCGGCGCCUGCGACCAAGGCGAUACCUAUGACUUCCCUGUUGGCAUGCAUCUCAUACGCAGAUGGAAAUGGACAAGUUAUCUCCCAUUCAUGCCGACAUACGAAGCUGGCAAGUUCACGGCUCUCUUCCACACGAAGAAAGAGAGCUGAUAUUAUCAUCAUAGACAUUUAUAUCUGGUUUUUUAGGAGGAGAGUGUGAAAAUGCA